CAUUUACCAACAACUUCCGUUUCCGUUUCGCCAUUGGAAAACGUUCAGCGAACACCGUGGGAACAGAAAAGUCUAGAAAUAUUUCAGUUCUUUUUCCUCCCCUUAUUUACACAACUACCGGAUUCAUUUUAUUUUAGUUAUUUGGUGUGGAGGAAGAAAAGACGAGCAUUUUAGAUACCGAGGAAACUUGCCAGUUCGCUGUAAAACAGCUGAAUAAAGUUAGAGAUAUUUCUUCAGUAUGUCUCUCCCCAAGCGUGAGGUUGAUGAGCUGAGGCCAUGGGUGGAACGCACAGUAAAGAAGGUCCUUGGUUUUUCUGAACCCACUGUGGUGACAGCAGCGUUACACUGUGUGGGAAAAGGCCUGGACAAGAGAAAAACCACAGACCAACUAAGACCGUUUCUUGAUGAUUCAGCAAGCAGCUUUGUUGAGCGUCUGUUUGAAGCUCUUGAGGAAAGCAAAAACUCCCGUGGCAAUAAAGGAGCUGGAGAGAAGAACCGCAAAAGGGAACUAAAGGAAGUGUUUGGAGAUGAGGUGGAAGGAGUAAAGGAUGGACACAGUGUGGAUACAGGGGUAAAGAAGAAGAGAGUACCUCGCUUUGAGGAGGUGGAUGAACCAGCUGUUUUACCUGGACCCCCUACAGAGAGUCCCGGCAUGCUUACCAAGAUGCAGAUAAAGCAAAUGAUGGAAGCAGCCACACGGCAGAUUGAGGAGAGAAAGAAACAGCUUAGUAUUGUGGCUCCUGUCUCACAGCCUAGAAUGACUCAAUCUCAGACGGACUCUAGUUCUACACGUUCCAACCUCCCAGCGGGGGGUGCCACGCAGUCCAUCGCUCCCUCUCAGGCUGCUAACUUCAUGAAUGACGCUAUAGAGAAAGCCCGCAAGGCAGCUGAGCUGCAGGCCAAGAUCCAAUCCACACUGGCCAUGAAACCAGGAAUUCUGGGUGCUUUGGGCAACACAGGGCCACAUAACCUGGUAGCCUUGGCCAACCUGCAUGCCAUGGGCAUCGCACCACCUAAAGUGGAGCCUCGUGAGAUUACAAAGCCAACUCCCCUCAUUCUGGAUGAGCUUGGACGAACUGUUGAUGCCAGUGGGAAAGAAGUUGAGCUCACACAUCGUAUGCCCACUCUAAAAGCAAACAUCAGAGCAGUGAAGAGGGAACAGUUUCGGCAGCAGUUAAAGGAAAAACCCAGCGAUGACCUUGAAUCAACGUCUUACUUCGACUCACGUGUGGCCCUUACACCUGCACAGAGAGCCAAGAAAGGCUUUAGGUUCCAUGAACAGGGGCGCUUUGAGAAGAUCGCCCAGCGUAUUCGGACCAAGGCUCAGCUGGAGAAGCUACAGAUGGAGAUUGCUCAGGCUGCCAAGAAGACAGGCAUACAGGCCUCCACUAAACUUGCUCUUAUUGCCCCCAAGAAAGAGAUGGGAGAAGGCGAGAUUCCUCGUAUAGAGUGGUGGGACUCCUACAUCUUGCCUUCCCACAUAGAAUUAACUGCGUCUACAAACUUAGAUGAGGUUGAAUUGCAUGGAGUCACCAACCUACUUGAACACCCUAUUCAGAUGGCCCCUCCAGUGGAUACAGAUAAGCCAGUGACUCUGGGUGUGUAUUUGACUAAGAAAGAACAAAAGAAGUUGAGGAGACAGACACGUAGAGAAGGCCAGAAAGAGGUGCAGGAAAAGGUCCGAUUGGGUCUUAUGCCGCCACCUGAACCCAAAGUGCGGAUCUCUAAUCUGAUGAGGGUUUUGGGGACGGAAGCUGUGCAGGACCCCACUAAAGUGGAGGCUCAUGUUAGAGCACAAAUGGCCAAGAGGCAGAAGGCCCAUGAGGAGGCAAAUGCAGCACGCAAACUCACAACAGAACAAAGGAAAGAGAAGAAGGUGAAGAAACUUAAGGAGGAUUUGAGUCAUGGAGUUCACAUUGCUGUGUACAGAAUCCGAAAUCUGUAUAACCCAGCCAAGAAGUUUAAGGUGGAGGCCAAUGCAAACCAAUUGUACCUUACUGGCACUGUAGUACUGCACAGAGACCUCAACAUUGUAGUAGUGGAGGGAGGACCCAAGUCACAGAAGAAGUUUAAACGACUGAUGCUGAGUAGGAUUAAAUGGGAUGAGCCGAAUUCCAAGAGAGAUGAACCUCAAGAUUCAGAUGAUGAGGGUUCCAGGAAGAAUAAUAAAUGCACCUUGGUUUGGGAGGGUACAGCCAAGGAACGUAGCUACGGGGAGGUUAAAUUUAAGCAGUGUCCUACGGAAAACAUGGCUAGGGAACAUUUUAAGAAGCAUGGCACCGAACACUACUGGGACUUGGCUCUGAGUCAGAGUGUUCUGGAGACAACUGACGACUGAGAUACAGACUGAACUCUGAAGAAGAAGAACAACAUAGGAAAGUGACAUGUGGACUUUACACUUUUUUUUUUUGAGAAAGAGAGAGAGGUGGAAAAGACUGGCAGAGAUAAAGAUGUAUAUGUAAAUAUAGUUUGAGUGUGUAAGAGGAUGAUUGUCUUUUGCAUACCUGCAAUAUAGGUGUGAAACAAUGCAAGGCUUAAGAAAUGAGCUAGGAUGUUUACCAUUGUGUGUACUGCUACCGAACUUCACAGUGGUGGCAGCUUGAACAAGGAUGGACACUGGUUUUGUAUCUCAGUUUUUUUAAUGUAGGCUGUGCAUUCUUUGAUGUAAUGUGUGAUUUCUACCUUGGAUCCAUCUGGUUUGAGUGCUGCAUCAUGUGUUCUUACCAUUUUGAUGCAGUCUUUUCAGUAACCAAGCCUCACCCCUGAAAUAACUUGGUUGUUACUGUGUGUAGUUUGUUACUGAUUGGACAGACAUUUUUGAGAGCAGAUACAAGACCAUUGGUUUCACUUUAACACAAACGAGUUAUGAAUGAACGGAGAAGGAUUUUUAUUUUGGUUCACCUACUCAAAUGUCCAAUAGAAAGUGAAAGAACACAUGGCUGCUUAUGUUCAUGGCACAUUUUUUUUCAUACUCUUAUCCCCCCUUUUCAUGUCAAGAAUUCAAAUGCAAAAAGUGCAACCAACCCAAAUGCAUCAUUAAAGCUUAGGUGAAAAAGAAA